GGUGGGGCAGGGUUUAAUAAUAAAGCUGUCCUCUCGGUCUUCCCUCUUCCUGCUUCUGCCAGGCUGAGCUGAGCUGAGCGCAGGGAAGGAGCUCCGAUGGCGGAUGAAUGGAAGCAGAAGUGUGACCAGCUCUGGCAGCUGGGGGCGAACGGGGUCCCCCUGCCAGACAGCGUGGACUGGAGAACCGUGUACGAGAAGAAACCGCUGGAGAGGAACUUACUGAAGAACCCAGCGCCGCACGGUGUGUCUCACAGCACACCUCCACCAGAGCGGGAGGUCACAGGAAUUCCUCCAGAUCCCAACCAGCCACCUCAGUUUGAACCCACAGGUGAUUUUACAGGUUGGAGCACCAGUUCAGAGGUUUUGCCGUAUGACACCAGUGGUAUUCCACCAGGUGUGGUGGUCUGCCAUAUGCCACAGUUCAGAUGGUUUUCUAUGAAGCAGCGUAUCGACCUGAAGGCUGAGGGACUGUGGGAUGAGCUACUGGACAAGUACCAACCAGAUAUAGCCAUUGAGGACUGGUAUGAGGAGAGUCAGCUUCAUGCUUCUAUCUAUGAACUUUGCGUGAAGCUUCUGGGGGCUGAUGGACAGACGGUCAUUAAAGAACACACCUGCAGCCCCACAGAGGACCUGGAGAACUACUCACACAAUUGGAAACAGGUUUCCCAUGUGUUCUCCGGCUAUGGACCCGGUGUGCGAUACAUUUCCUUCACUCAUAAACUGAAAAACCAGUUCAUGGUGGAAUUCUUCGGCACCUUGGUCACGGACAGCUCUGUCACCAUCAAGGCCAAAAAGUCUACCUAAUAAAAAUCCAUCACAACAAUAAAUAUCCAACAAUAGCAGUAUAAACAUUCACAAUUACCAGCUACUCUACAGAGAUGUUAUGUUGCACCAUAAAGAACAUUUGCAUAGCAAAAAACACAUUUUUUAUAUUUUUGAACAACAUUUACAAACUUACAUACUUGAGUAUUAUCAGAAGGACUGUACACUUUAGUAAACCAAAGAAUUAAUAAAAGUUGUUUGCUUGUU